UGCCUGCUGGCUUUAGGCAUUUCUGCCCUGUAAUCCGGUGGUGUCUGCAGUGUGCGCCGUACUCCCCACUGAAGACUGAGACUUAAGGUACGCCCAUUUCCACAAGGCAUUAUAAAGAGGUGCAUGGAUUUAACUUGCAAAUAGCAUUCAUCAGAAAAGAAAAUUCUUGGCACUGAAUUCCCAAGAGGUCAAGGUCACUUCUGACUUUUAAAAGCUUUUUCUCUUCCAGAGUCUUACAAUCACCAAGAAGAGUGACAGUACCUGAAAUUCCAGUCUACUAUAUCAAAUCAGAGAACCCAUCUCUUCCAACAUGGCAGGGAAGAAAGUGCUCAUCAUCUAUGCACACCAAGAACCCAUGUCCCUCAAUGGGUCCCUGAAGAAUGUGGCUGUUGAAGAACUGAGCAAGCAAGGAUGCACAGUUACUGUGUCUGACUUAUAUGCCAUGAACUUUGAGCCGAGGGCCACAAGAAAUGAUAUCACUGGUGCCCUCUCUAAUCCUGAAGUCUUCAGAUAUGGGAUAGAAAUCUAUGAAGCCUACAAGAAGACAGCUCUGCCCAGUGACAUACUUGAGGAGCAGAGAAAGGUGAAAGAAGCUGAUCUAGUGAUAUUUCAGUUCCCACUAUACUGGUUCAGCGUUCCAGCAAUCCUAAAAGGCUGGAUGGACAGGGUGCUGUGCCAAGGGUUUGCCUUCGACAUUCCAGGCUUUUAUGACUCCGGUUUUCUCAAGGGUAAAUUAGCCCUCCUUUCCUUGACCACUGGAGGUACAGCUGAGAUGUACACAAAAGCAGGUGUCAGUGGAGAUUUCCGGUACUUCCUAUGGCCACUCCAGCAUGGUAUACUGCACUUCUGUGGAUUUAAAGUCCUUGCCCCACAGAUCAGUUUUGGUAUUGACAUUUCAUCAGAAGAAGAAAGAAAAGUGAUGGUGGAAUCAUGGGCCCAGCGGCUGAAGAACAUCUGGAAAGAAGAGCCUAUCCACUGCACACCACCUUGGUACUUCCAAGAGUAACAUUUUGUGCUCUGAGUACAGCUAACAAGCAGCACAGUGAGAGACCUAAAGCAUGAGCAAAGAGAGGUGGUGCGGUGUCCAGAGAUAUAGUUACCAGUGCCCACCAAUGAGUGUCCUCAGUUACAUGCAAUUAAA